AUGUGUUCAAAACUUAAGGUUGAUUUGUAUGAUACAUCCGGAUUUGGCAUUGAUUUUAGAGGUGUUGAAGGUGUUGAAGUAUGUGACGACAACUAUUUAACAAGAUUAUCCCGUCAUUAUCCCGUGAAGAAAGGUGCUGUGUCACUGUUUACUCAACCAUCACGACAAUAUUCAACAAUAAAAGAAAAAUAUUCCCCACUAUCACCUGGAACGAUUGUGACGGUGAAAUCUUUUUUAUACAAAGAUGACAAAGUAACUCGUCGUGGUACCGUUUUGUCAUCACUUACUUUUAAUACGAUGAAAGAUGCCUACAUUUAUAUUGUGCCGGUCACAUCAAUACAUCCAAAGCGGGAAAAUACGUCAUUAUUUCAAAAAUCCAUUGUCCCAGAAAAUACUGAAAGCGGUGGUAUUAAUGUUCCAAGUUUGAUACUGUUCGAUCGUGGCGCCUUCAUACAUCAUGACUUUAUUUUUCGUGUUCGCGGAAAAUUGAAUUAUGAAACUACCGAAUUGGUUUUGGACGAAUGGAGACAAAUUCUUCAGGGUCUUUUUUUUCGUUAAGUGUGAUUUUCGUUGUUUUGUGAUGUGUUAACCGUAGUAAUAAAGUAUUAAAACUACUGGUUUUUAGUCUGAUAAGCCUAAAAUAACAGCAUACAGGUUGAUAUGGCCUUUAAAUCAUGGCGUUUUGAAAAGCAUUUGGAUAAACAUUUAUAACAUAAGUAGAUAAUUCCUCAGUAAACUCGACAAAUGGAAUCAGGUUUCUAGUUUAUCUUUUCUAGCGCUGACGUUACUUAUUGCGUUUGCAAGUGUACUGUACAAAUAUCGAAAUAUUUGUGGAAGGGGAGCACAAUAAUUGCUCAGAUACCCAGGUCAAACGGGACGGUGCGUAAACGGACGGUUUACGGUCAUCUAAAAAACGGCUCGUUAACGGUGUGAAAACGGCGUAGUCUUUUUUUUCGUUUUUUUGUGAUGUGUUAACCGUAGUAAUAAAGUGUUAAAACUACUGAUUUUUAGUCUGAUAAGCCUAAAAUAACAGCAUACAGGUUGAUAUGGCCUUUAAAUCAUGGCGUUUUGAAAAGCAUUUGGAUAAACAUUUAUAACGUUUAUACGUCAGCGCACGGUCUAAAAGCGGACCGUUUAUUGGUGUGACUGAGUGAAGUAUAUGUUCUAUAUCGUAAACCGACCGUGUUUAGGCCGUUUUGACGACAAGUCAUUCACCUCUUUUAUUUCGCUUCCACUACUAAUAUAUAUACUACUGAAGAAAAUCAGUGCUCAAUUUUCCAUUUAUAAAUGGAACGCUGAUUUUCUUCGAAUAUAUAUAUACAUAGAAAAAUUCUAAGUUAUAGAUGAAGCUAUAACUUAGAAUUUUUCUCUUUCUCUACGAUAUAAGUCAUCGAAACUUGUCUGGAGGGAGUAGUCUUAGUGCAUGGGCGUGUACUAGUGAUAGUACCAUACUCCUGAGACUAGUAAGUCAUGGUUCAAAGGA